GGCUACUGGGAAAAUGACACUGCUUUUUAAAUUUUAUUUUCGAAAACAUUUUUUUUAAAUGAAUUAUUUUUAAAAAUAUUAAGAUAUUAUUUCGUAUUUUAAUAAUAUAAAAUAUUUUCACCGAAAGGAAAAAACAAAUCAAAUUACCGAAAAAACAUUUUUGGCUGAUGGAUGCUUUUUUGCUGUGAAGGAGGUUUUGUUGACUGAUCAAGGACGGGCGGGCAGCAAAGUAUUGAUGAACUUCAACAGAUUAUGCAGUCAAAAGCAAUUUCAUAUUGAUCCAGCCUGCAUACGUGAGGUUCAGGAGAUCUCUCUUUCAAGUCAGUUCCAACAUAAGCACAUUGUUCAAUAUUAUGGCACAUUCAAGGGAUAUCUGGUGGAUGUAAAUGGAACCGUGAAACUUGUGGAUUUUGGAUUGGCAAAGUUUUGCAAAUUGAACGACAUAAAAUCUUUUAAAGGGACUGCAUUCCGGAUGGCCCCUGAGAUAUCUUCCUCUCUUGCAUUCCUUCAUUCCUUGAUUUCUUAA